AUAUGGAUCACCGACCCAUUUGAUUCAUACCCGUUAGAUAUUUUACUCUCUUGCUCUGUUCAUUCCAAAAAAUUAAAAAUUAACAAAAAUUCAAACUACUUGUCUCACAAAUUUCUUCAUCUCAACCAAACGCUACAUUUUACUCGUACAUACAUAAAGCUUUCUCUCUCUCUCUCCUCUCUUUCCCCUAUUUUUCGCGAUUGCUGGGCACCCAAAUUAUUAAUUUUUUUUUUAUUGUAACAGAUUCAAGAUUCAAUUUUAAUUGAGGGUUUGCAAAAAUUGGGGGAAAAUUUAUUGGACAAGAGGGAAGAUCAUUUCUUUAGCUCUCUUUAGGAGAGAGAGCUAAAUUAAAAGAGGGAAUAGGGGUUUAAUGGCUUGGAGGCAACUUAUUAGGCAGGCGGCAACACGGGAAUACGAGCUUGUACGAUUGAGGACUAUUUCAACUAGGCUUUAUUCAACUUUACGACAGCUGCACAAUGUUGGAGAAAGUAGACUUGCAGGAUCUCAGAAGAGAUAUCAAUCGAGCUAUGUUGGCAGCUUAGGUCAAAGAGGUCGAGAUGCUGAGGGAGCAAGUGAUUAUUUUAGGGAUGUUUAUCGCCGAGGCGAUCCAGAAGCAGUGAUAAGAGCCUUUGAAAGUCAACCUGCUUUGCAUUCUAGUCCUACUGCUGUGGCCGAGUAUGUUAAAGCACUGGUCAAGGUUGAUAGAUUGAAUGAAAGCGAGUUGCUCAGAACAUUGCAGAGAGGAAUAGCUGCCACGGGCCACAGCUUUUCUGAGGAAGAAAGCAUGGGUGGACUUUCUGCUUUCCGCAAUGUGGGAAAAUCCACAAAAGAUGGAGUACUUGGAACUUCUAGUGCUCCAAUACAUAUGGUGUCUUCUGAAGGAGGGCAUUUUAAGGAACAGCUGUGGCGUACUUUUCGUACCAUUGCUUUAGCAUUUCUCUUAAUAUCAGGAGUUGGGGCACUAAUUGAAGACAGAGGAAUUAGUAAAGGACUUGGUCUGAAUGAAGAGGUGCAGCCUAGUAUGGAGUCCAACACUAAAUUCAGUGAUGUGAAAGGUGUUGAUGAAGCAAAAGCUGAGCUAGAAGAAAUUGUUCAUUAUCUUCGAGAUCCUAAGCGUUUUACUCGUUUGGGAGGUAAACUCCCCAAGGGUGUUUUGCUUGUUGGCCCUCCUGGUACUGGCAAAACUAUGCUAGCCAGAGCUAUUGCUGGAGAAGCUGGAGUACCUUUCUUCUCUUGCAGUGGUAGUGAGUUUGAGGAGAUGUUUGUUGGUGUUGGAGCCAGGAGGGUUAGAGAUCUGUUUGCAGCGGCUAAGAAACGGUCACCUUGUAUCAUUUUUAUUGAUGAGAUUGAUGCUAUCGGGGGAAGUCGUAACCCCAAGGAUCAGCAAUAUAUGAAAAUGACAUUAAAUCAGUUGCUUGUUGAACUUGAUGGCUUUAAACAAAGUGAGGGAAUUAUUGUGAUAGCUGCAACCAACUUUCCUGAAUCAUUGGACCAUGCGCUGGUUAGACCUGGACGAUUUGAUCGACAUGUUACCGUUCCCAAUCCAGAUGUUGAAGGACGCAGACAGAUUUUAGAAACUCAUAUGACUAAGGUGCUGAAGGGAGAAGAUGUGGACCUCAUGAUUAUUGCUCGAGGAACGCCAGGCUUCUCUGGUGCUGAGCUUGCUAACCUAGUUAACAUAGCUGCUCUGAAGGCUGCAAUGGAUGGGGCCAAGGCAGUGAGCAUGCCUGAUCUUGAGUAUGCCAAGGACAGAAUUUUAAUGGGCAGUGAGCGCAAGUCCGCUGUAAUCUCCGAGGAAAACCGGAGGAUGACAGCGUAUCAUGAGGGCGGUCAUGCCCUCGUCGCUAUGCACACUGCUGGUGCCCUUCCGGUUCACAAAGCUACAAUCGUCCCUCGAGGUGUUUCCCUUGGAAUGGUUACUCAACUUCCUGAGCAGGAUCAAACAAGUGUUUCCCGGAAACAAAUGCUUGCCCGCCUUGAUGUUUGCAUGGGAGGUCGAGUUGCUGAGGAGCUCAUUUUUGGGGAGAAUGAGGUAACUUCUGGUGCAUCCUCUGAUCUCCAACAAGCAACAAAACUUGCACGGUCAAUGGUAACAAAGUAUGGGAUGAGCAGAGAGGUUGGGCUUGUGACUCAUGAUUAUGAUGACAAUGGCCGGAGUAUGAGCACUGAAACUCGGCUCCUUAUUGAGCAAGAGGUUAGGUUUUUACUUGAGCAAGCAUACAACAAUGCCAAAAACAUUCUUACAACUCAUAGCAAGGAGCUCCAUGCCUUGGCUAAUUCAUUGUUAAAGAAUGAGACACUCACGGGCAAUCAAAUAAAGGAGUUGAUUACAGAAGUCAACUCAGAGCAGAAGCAACAGCAGCAACAGCAGAUAGUGGCCACUCAGAACAGUGAGCAGUCUAAUCCGUCUCCACCAUCAACCCCAGGUGCCGCAGCAUCAGCAGCUGCAGCUGCAGCAGCCGCUGCAGCCGCUGCUGCAACAGCCAAAGCAAAAGGAGUUGCUCCAGUGGGGUCUUAAAUGUAGACUCUAUUUAUAAAAAAGCUUUUUUUCUUAUAUAAAAAAUUUACUGAAUCCAUUGUGCAUAUAUUUAGCUGUUAAUUUUUAUUGGAGGAUGAUGUUCUAUUUCCUGUCAUUCGCUACCAUUUCUUGCGUGCAUUUGCUGCAAGUUAUCUGGUGUUUUCCCUGUAUCAUCAAUCCGUGAGUUGGAAAGUGAACUAGAGAUGUAGAGAAACUUAGCGGCCGAAGCAGAUCUGACACGUUAAAGUUGUGUAGCAAUAUAAAGGUGGUUUGUUCUUUUGCAUAUGUGCAAUAACAGGUUCUACAUUUCUCAAUAACACUCAGUUUAAGUCGUCUCUUUAUUUA